AUGCGACUUACAUACUGCUCGACUAUCUUAGCUGUAUUCCUUGCAGUCACAGCGGCACAGAAGGCGCCAAUCCAGGCCCGUGUUGAUUCGGACGACACCUCAUUAGUGUUCAAAAUCUUGCAGUUAGCAGAUCUUCACAUUACGGGCAACCCAAAUGUUGGCUGUGGCAGAAGCGUGCCAAUAGGCAUGGCCAGCCAAGACUGCUCCGAAACACUCACCUACACGUUCAUGGAGCAGUUGCUGGACCUGGAAAAGCCUGACUUCAUCGCGUUCACGGGAGACAACGUGCAGGCGUACGACCCAAGCGCUCACCAACGAACUAUUGAUGUCGUCACAGGAGCCGCGGAGAAAAGAAAUAUCCCGUACGGCAUGGUAUUCGGCAAUCACGACCACGAGGGAAGUUUUUCAAAAGAAAAUAUUGUCGACAUGGUGUCCCAGAAAAAACACUCGUACACUGUCAGCGGACCGAAGACCGUAGACGGUGUUGGCAACUACAUGCUUAAUGUGACGGCGCCAAUUGCCGGAGCCUGGGGAGAUGAAAAUGAUACUGUGUUCCGCAUGUACUUCUUGGACUCGGGCGCUGAAGCGCUGACGGAGAAAUACCCGUAUGUGUUUUCCGAAUACGACUGGAUUAAACAGAGUCAGGUAGACUACUACCGGAAAAUGUCCGAUACUGGACGUGUCCAGCGACAUAGCAAUGCCAACUCAGUGCUACCUGCUGUCAUGUUUUUCCAUAUCCCACUGGCUGAGUUUGCGUACUCGAAAGGUGGUUGCGUUGGCGACAUGCACGAGCGAGUACACGACCAAGGCAUGAAUUUACGCUUGUUGUCGACUUUAUCGGAGAAAAACGAAGUCAAGGCAGUUUUCGUAGGCCACGAUCAUGUGAACGACUACUGUUGUUUCGUACAAGGAGUGCAGCUUUGCUAUGGGGGUGGCACUGGCUUUGGGCGGGCAUACGGCGCGGCCAAUUUCUCACGACGUGCACGUGUCAUCGAGUGGAUGGUAGACAAGAAUGAGCGGCAUGAGAUUCGCAGCUGGAAGCGACAUUUCAACGACACUAACGUAAUGCGCAGCAAAGAGGUGCUAUAUUCAGAGCUGUAG